CGGCGCAGGCGCAGGCAUCGGUAUGUUGCGGUGGAUCAUGGGCUUGCCUAUCCCGAAAGCGGCCAACUGGGGUGUAGGGUGCGGAAUCGUGGGGGCGAUGGCGCAGUACGAGUACUGCCAGUGGCAGAGGAGGAAGGAGAAGGAAAAGAUGCAGAGGGUGGUGGCGGUUUAUACGAAGAAGCAGGCGGAGAAUAGGGCCAAGGAAGCUAAAGAGGCGAAGGAGAAGACGGAAAAGGGGGAGGUGCAGGGCACGUCGAUUGCACCUGGGGGCGAGAAGAAGAAGAGCUGGUACAAGUUUUGGUGAGGGGAUGAAGUGAGAGGGCUUCUUUGAUGUGCUGAGGGGUUGUGUUGUGUUAGGAUAGAGGUGAAGAAGGGCAUAGCUAGGAGUAGGAGAUGUAGGUUAUGAUUUGCACGGACAUAUAUCGAUACCUUUUGAAGUUAAAGGGCGUUGUUUGGAUUCAUUACGCACAAUGGAAGCAUGGUUAUGGCG